UGGUGCAGUACGCACGUUUCGCGUCGCGCAUGCGUGUAGUGGGCAUUCGCGCCUUUUUAUUUUAACAAAAAGUUAUUAUAUAGUUUUAAUUUAAAAACAGAAAAUGGUUGAAUGGCGCGAAAUGAAGCGAACUUUUUUAUAAUAGAUGUGCAUUUGUUUUUACGAAAAUUAAAGUGAAGAAUUAAAAUGUGGCUAUCUGUGGUAUUUUCUGUGAUAACUUAUUUCAGAGCUGUAAAUGUUACCAAGAUAGGAGGAUUUAUGGCGCUGAAUUUGUAUGCGGGUCUAGUUAUUUAUUUACUUAUCGUGCCAUCCGUAUUCAGCCAAUCAGAUAGGCCAAGUCGUUUGACCUACGAUCAAAUUUACAAUAGCACAACUUAUGCGCAAAUUCGUCACGCUUCGAGACCCGUGCCUGCCAAAGUACAAAGGACUAAGAAUCUUCUCGUUGGAGUCACCCAUGACCCCUUUAGGUAUUCCGUGCCUGAGGCUGAUUAUCGCAAGGGUGUCAGAAUCGUCGAGACCCCACAAUCCACAAACCGCACUGAUCGGGGUAAACGUGGAGUAUCUCAUCUAUAUAAUAUGUUGACUUGUGCAACUGGAUGCAACCCUAUCGCUUACAAGGGGUACGGCUGCUACUGCGGACUAGGAGGAUCUGGAAGACCUGCGGAUGGGAUUGACAACUGCUGCAGACUUCAUGACGAAUGCUACGAAAACAUCCACUGCCCGUUCUACACAGUCUACUUCCAACCAUACUACUGGACAUGCUUCAACCACGAACCCUUAUGCGCCUUAGAGAACUUCCAUAACGCAUACAUAAAUGGCUGCGCAGGUCGACUCUGUGAGUGUGACCGACGUUUUGCUAUGUGUGUCCGACAGUACACGUGUCCAAUUGGCCGUCCACUCUGCAAAUCUUCACCGUUUAGGUUGCUCCAAAAUAUUCUUAUCGUUCCCUAAGGUGAAAGGCCUAUCCAAAAUACGCGUUAGGACUACAAAGUCACUUUAUAUUUUAAAAAAUAAACCGUAAAAUGAGCAUGAUCGUGGUAACAACAAAGGCAAUCAGAUCACAUGGCAAUCAGAUCGACCCAUCAAGUGAAAGACUCAACACUGCACUGGCUAUAAGAGAGGCGCUCAACGGAAACCCGUGGUGGAUAGUCCGAUACUUCCAUGCUGACCACGCCACAGACAUGAGCUGCCGAUUAAAAAGAAAUUAAAUGUGGAGCCAGACUGUGCAGAGGAAGUCAGGCUCUGCCCAUACUUGAGGUGUCUAUUCAAAGACAUUCAAAAUGAAUCCUCGAAUAUUUCUAAAGGUACAAAGGAGGAUCAAACAUUAGUGUUAAUAAACAUAACUAACUUAAAAGGAGUUAUCCUACAGCGGUAUUCUUUAACUUCCAAAAGCGUUGCGAUUUGAGAUUUUUCAUGUCAUGAAGUGGGAUCGAGGUCGCUAUUGGAACUUUGCUUAAGACCUAUUUAGCUUGUGAAUUAGCACUGAAAUUAAUAUAAAUAGCUAAAUAUAUUUCAAUUAUGUUUUGGAUCUAAAAAACAUGUGUCGAUUAUAUUGACUCGCUGUUACAGAAUAUAUUUUUGU